GCCUCUCGCGCUCUCUCAGCCUUCUGUCUUCUGGAAGCAUGUCCAGCAAAUCCACCAUGAGGAGCCACAGCAGCAGCCACCGUGGCUUCAGUGCCGGCUCAGCCAGAGUCCCCGGGGUCUCCCGCUCUGGCUUCAGCAGCGUCUCCGUGUCCCGCUCCCGGGGCAGUGGUGGCCUUGGUGCAGUGUGUGGAGGAGGUCGCUUCGGCAGCCGGAGCCUCUACAACCUGGGGGGCUCCAAGAGGAUCUCCAUCGGAGGGGGCAGCUGUGCCGUCAGCGGUGGAUAUGGCAGCAGAGUCGGAGGUGGCUUUGGCUUUGGAGGUGGAGCCGGCAGUGGAUUCAGCUUUGGCGGUGGAGCUGGUGGUGGCUUUGGGCUCGGUGGUGGAGCUGGCUUUGGUGGUGGCUUUGGUGGCGCUGGCUUCCCCGUGUGCCCCCCUGGAGGCAUCCAAGAGGUCACGAUCAACCAGAAUCUCCUGACCCCUCUGAACCUGCAAAUCGACCCCACCAUCCAACGCGUCAGGACCGAGGAGCGCGAGCAGAUCAAGACCCUCAACAACAAGUUCGCCUCCUUCAUCGACAAGGUGCGCUUCCUAGAGCAGCAGAACAAGGUCCUGGACACCAAGUGGACCCUGCUCCAGGAGCAGGGCACCAAGACCGUGAGGCAGAACCUGGAGCCUUUGUUCGAGCAGUACAUCAGCACCCUCAGGAGGCAGCUGGACAGCAUCCUCGGGGACAAAGGCCGCCUGGACUCAGAGCUCAGAGGCAUGCAGGACCUGGUGGAGGACUUCAAGAACAAAUAUGAAGAUGAAAUCAACAAGCGCACAGCAGCAGAGAAUGAAUUUGUGACUCUGAAGAAGGACGUGGAUGCUGCCUACAUGAAUAAGGUUGAACUGCAAGCCAGGGUGGACAGCCUUACAGACGAGAUCAAUUUCCUGAGAGCCUUCUACGACGCAGAGCUGUCUCAGAUGCAAACCCACAUCUCAGACACAUCCGUGGUCCUGUCCAUGGACAACAACCGUAACCUGGACCUGGACAGCAUCAUCGCUGAAGUCAAAGCCCAAUAUGAGGAGAUUGCUCACAAGAGCCGGGCUGAGGCUGAGUCCUGGUACCAGACCAAGUACGAGGAGCUGCAGGUCACCGUGGGCAGACAUGGGGACGACCUGCGCAACACCAAGCAGGAGAUUGCUGAGAUGAACCGCAUGAUCCAGAGGCUGAGAUCUGAGAUCGACCAUGUCAAGAAGCAGUGUGCCAACAUGCAGGCCGCCACUGCAGACACGGAGCAGCGUGGGGAGAUGGCACUCAAGAAUGCCAGGAGCAAACAGGGAGAGCUGGAGGAUGCCCUGCCCAAGGCCAAGCAGGCCAUGGCCCAGCAGCUGAUGGAGUACCGAGAGCUCCUGAACGUGAAGCUGGUCCUGGACGUGGAGAUUGCCGCCUACAGGGAGAUGCUGGAGGGCGAGGAGAGCAGGCUGAAUGGCGAAGGCGUCGGACAAGUCAACAUCUCCGUGGUGUAGUCCACCGUCUCUGGCGGCUACGGCGGUGCUGGCGGUGUCGGCAGUGGCGUAGCCCUGGGCGGAGGCAGCGGCUACUCCUACAGCGGUGGUCACAGCCUUGGAGGUGGCUUCAGUUCCAGCAGUGGCAGAGGCCUGGGGGGUGGCCUCAGCUCCGUGGGAGGCAGCAGUUCCUCCAUCAAGUACACCACCACCACCACCUCCUCCAGCAAGAAGAGCUACAAGCACUGAAGUCCUGCCGCCAGCUCUCGGUGCCACCAGCCUCAGGCCCCUGUCUGGCUGCAGAGCCCUCUCCUCAGGUGGCUUGUCCUCUCCUGGCCUCCGGUCUCUCCUGCUCUCUGAGUGGGAGCCG